GGGGUGGGGGGACCCUGAGAGUCAUGAUCUGAGGGUGCUGGACAUUUUGUGAAUGGCAUGUGUGCAGAUCCCCACUAGUCACAUGGGGUCCGUCUGCACCAAUCCUUGUGUUGAUUGAUCCCUACUAGCCCAAACAGCAGACCAAUGUCUAUCAAGCACAGUUUGAGGGGUACAGCACAGCUGUUGCUCCCAAACCCUGGACUUCUUGGUUUCUGUCACACAAAGAACUUCCCCUUCUGCUUUCUGGUUUAGUUCCGAACCAGCUGUGAAGGAAGCCACUGUCUGGCAAAGAGCAGGCAAAAGCAUACCAAGAGGAGCCAACUUCUCUGAAAGAGGGAGCUGGAGACAGACAAGGAACAAUGGGUGGAGAGCAGGAAAUGCUGUAUGGGAAACAGGAUUUCAUGUCAUUGCUGUGCUGUCUGUGAGGGCCUCCAGACAUUCCUCCCACUUCACUCCCGCCCUGGCUGAACCCCAGCCAAGAAAGCGCUUCCCACCCAGUCCCAGCUCAUGCUGUGUCCAAUCCAUACCAACCUGCAAUCAGUUCCUGCACUGCCCAGCAGCAGUUUUCUUUUGUGCCCACGCUGAUGUUCUCCAGUUGAACUUCCGAGUGAGAAGGAAAGGAGCAGGUGGAAGGACUUUUACAGUGCCAGUCUGGAGCAACUGGACAUCCUGGGACAGAAACCCCACACUUCUAGCUGGCUAGAGUGGAACUGCUUCUCCUUGAAACUCCAGAGGAUGUUAACUACACCAACCAUUUUCAUAAUUCCAGGCUAUCUCUCUUACUAAAGCCCGGAUAACACAUCCACGGUAUUCUCUGAAGGAACAGGGCAGCCAGACGGAGAGCACUUCCUCUUAAAUUGGAGGAUCAGGGACUUUUUUCUCUCUUGAUCUGGGGUGACCUUCCUCUCAGCUAUUUUAGCCCCUGCGAAGCAAUGCAGGGCAAAGGAAUACCAAGCAUGAAGGCUGCAUCCUGCAAAUGAAAAAUAGCACACACAUCUCCGAUUGUCUUUUCCUCUUCUGGAUCAGUGAUGUCUGAGAUCUCCUGACCCUGGGCACAUUCAGGAAAAUGGGACUAGGCCGGAUUUGUCUUCUAGCCUUCUUCUCACACAUGACAGGAGCAAUUCUGGAUAUAACCCUGAUGGCCAACGUUAUGAGUCCUUCACACACUAGCUUCUACCUCUCAUGUGUAACAGGUGAACGGAAUGUGAGCCUCCAUAUUGACAGAGACAAUAAAAUUGUGAUGACCCAUCCAAAAUCCAAGUUUCAGAUGUACAAGAACAGGAGCAAUGAGGUGCAGAUGCGGGGCUUCUCCUGGGUAGACCUGGUGGGCAUCAUGUUUUGCUUGGGGCAAACCCAGACGGAGCAAACCAGGGUCGUGUAUGUGCACAACAACAUGAAUGCCAACCUGGUCCCAGAGAAGGUGACACAGACUGUCAGCCUCUCCCAGUCAGCCGAGCUUGUUGCCAAGAUAAAGCAUGAGAAGAACACAGACAUUUUGUGGAAAAGAAAUGGUACCUACUACCAGACCACGGACCGGGGUGAAGUGAGGGAGAACCAGUUUACCCUGGCUCUGCCGUCUGUGAGUGUGGCUGAUGGAGGGAUCUAUAGUGCCACAUUCAUAGGGGACAGCCCCUUGUCCAGUGCUUCCUUCAAGCUGAUCGUGCGAGGUUGUGCAGCCAAGAAAUGGGGUUCUCUCUGUGACAAGGACUGUCCUGACUGCCUGAAUGGAGGCAUCUGCCACCAUGUUGUGGGAGAAUGCAUCUGCCCACCAGGUUUCAUGGGCAUCCGCUGUGAAAAAGCUUGUAAGGAAGGCAGGUUUGGGCGAAACUGCCAGGAGCAGUGCCAUGGGGAGCAGGGCUGCAGGGGUCUGGCCUUCUGCCUGCCUGACCCAUAUGGUUGUUCCUGUGCUGCUGGAUGGAGUGGUUCCCAGUGUGAGUCAGCUUGUCACCGUGGGAAAUAUGGCCCAGACUGUGCCCUGGAGUGUCACUGCCAGAAUGGAGGCACUUGUAACCGGUUCAGUGGGUGCAUCUGCCCAUCUGGUUGGCAUGGGCAGCACUGUGAAAAGUCAGACCGGAUUCCCCAGAUCAUCAACUUGGCCUCCCACCUGGAGUUUAACCUGGGCUCCCAGCCUGUCCUGACGUGCAAGGCAACAGGCAACCCAGCCCCUGUGCACAACAGCAUUGAUCUGCGCAAGGCUGACGGAAUAGUGUUCUCGCCCAACAAAACCAUCAUGGAAAAGGAUGUGACUACCUGUGAGUUUCAAGUGCCACCGCUUGUCCUCUCUGACACUGGCUUCUGGGAAUGCCGAGUCUCCACCACAGGUGGGCAGGACAGUGGCAAAUUCAAGGUCACUGUGAAAGUGCCCCCUGUGCCACUCAACCCUCCCAAACUUCUGGCCAAACAGAGUCGGCAGCUUGUGAUAUCUCCUGUGGAUAGUAUCUCAGGUGAUGGGCCCAUUAUCUCCAUCAAGGUUCUGUACAAGCCCAGUGAUGAUACAUCUCGCUGGUCAUCAAUUGUAGUUGACAAUGCCCAGAACAUCACCCUGAUGAACCUGCGACCUGUCACUGCUUACCUUGUUAAGGUUCAGUUAACACGCCCUGGAGAUGGAGGAGAAGGUGCCACAGGACCACAAGCUGUCAUGGUCACAGAGUGCCAAGAGCCAACAGCCAAGCCUGUGAUUGAAGGUUCAUUUGUUGAGGGGAGGAACACACUGCGGGUGACCUGGAAUUUCCCCAGUAGCAACAGUGUGGCCACUGGGUUCCUUGUCCGGCUCUAUGACUCCGCCAAGAAAGUUGUGCAGCAGGAGAACGUCUCUUCCGUGAUUGUGCAAUCGACCUACCUGACAAACCUGGCAUUCAACAAGGACUACAGCCUGGAAGUGCUGGCCUAUCACUGUGCCAGCCUAGGACCUCCUUCUGACCCCCUCUCGGUCAGGCUCCACAGCAAAGGCCCCUCAUCCCCGCAGUCUCUCUCAGUGGAGCACGUUGCUGAUAGUGCCAUCAGGCUCAGGUGGGAUCCCCCCGAGUACCCCAACGGUGGCAUCACCAAGUACAUUGUGGAGGUGCAACAGCUGGGGGGCGCAAGUGAACCUCAGUGGGUUGACACGGACAACGGCCGGCAGACCUCAAAGAUCAUCAUGGGGCUCAACGCCAGCAUGUCCUACCAGUUCCGGGUGCGAGCCAACUCUCACGUACCAGGCGAGUGGAGCCAGCUUGUGAAAGCUGAGAUACUGGGAGAAGGAGCCCUGAGCCAAGUUCCCACCCUGGAAAGCAAGAACUUGCCCUUAGCCAACCUGGACCAGCAGUUGCUGUUAGCCAUUGUGGGCUCCGUCUGUGUCACCUGCCUAACCAUCCUGUUUGCCCUCCUGGCCCUCUUCCUCAUCAAGAAGAAUUUCUUUCACCGGCGCCGGACAUUCACCUACCAGUCAGGCUCUGUGAGUGAUCUUGCCCUUCACCCACUUCCUCUCUCCACCUCUCCUCUGGCCUUAGCUCCAAAGAGCCUGCUCUCAAAAUCCCUCCCCUUCAUCUUCCACGUGCUAUCAGGCUGCUUACUUGCUUGGUGGGCAGUGCUGCCAACACUCUCUCCACAUAUCCUCUCACAGGGGGAAGAGACCAUUUUGCAGUUCAACUCAGGCACUCUGACCCUGACACGCCGGCCCAAACCACAGCCUGAGCCAAUCAGCUACCCAAUCUUGGAAUGGGAAGACAUCAAAUUUGAGGACAUGAUUGGGGAAGGGAACUUCGGGCAAGUCAUUCGGGCCAUGAUCAAGAAAGACGGCCUGAGAAUGAAUGCGGCUAUCAAAAUGCUCAAAGAAUUUGCUUCUGAGAAUGACCAUCGAGACUUUGCUGGAGAGCUGGAAGUUCUUUGCAAGCUCGGUCAUCACCCUAAUAUCAUCAACUUGCUGGGAGCCUGCGAGAACAAGGGCUACCUGUACAUCGCUAUUGAAUACGCACCAUAUGGGAACUUGCUGGACUUCUUGCGGAAGAGCCGAGUCCUGGAGACAGAUCCUGCCUUUGCCAGGGAGCAUGGAACAGCCUCAACCCUCACAUCCCAGCAGCUCUUGCAGUUUGCUUCUGAUGUGGCCAAAGGCAUGCAGUAUUUGAGUGAGAAACAGUUCAUUCACAGAGACCUGGCUGCCAGGAACAUCCUGGUGGGAGAGAACCUGACUUGCAAGAUUGCUGACUUUGGCCUGUCCCGCGGGGAGGAGGUCUAUGUAAAGAAGACUAUGGGCCGCUUGCCAGUUCGCUGGAUGGCCAUCGAGUCCUUGAAUUACAGCGUGUACACAACCAAGAGUGAUGUGUGGUCGUUUGGGGUCCUCUUAUGGGAAAUUGUCAGCUUGGGAGGGACACCAUACUGUGGCAUGACAUGUGCUGAGCUCUAUGAAAAGCUGCCUCAAGGAUACCGCAUGGAGAAACCCCUCAACUGUGAUGACGAAGUGUAUGAGCUAAUGCGGCAGUGCUGGCGGGACCGGCCAUAUGAACGCCCACCCUUUGCCCAGAUCUCAGUGCAGCUCGUCCGCAUGCUGGAAGCUAGAAAGGCCUAUGUGAACAUGGCUUUGUUUGAGAAUUUCACCUAUGCUGGGAUCGAUGCCACAGCUGAGGAGGCAUGAGGAAAAGAGCACUGUCCACUACCACCCUAAUCUCUCAGCAUAAAUAGAACAAAAAUGAAAUAGGCAGCCUCUGAAACAUAUGCUCCAGGGUCAUACCGCCAUCUUGUCAAACCAACUGUGCUGGCAUAGAGCAUGGCUGCUAUUCCAGAGAACCCUCGUGCCAACUUCUCCUUUCCUGACUACAAGGCAUGAUCAGCACACAGCGUGAAUAAUACCAGGACCCUCGCAAACUAGAAAGAGAUACAGAGAUGGCAUACAGCCAUAAAUUGUCCCCAGAGUUCACCUAUGUCAUAUAUGCCUGAUCAGUAACCCUGUAAGCCAAGUGCUGCCACCUCCACACAAUGACUGCACAAUGCAUGAAAAGCACUCAAGAUACUUAUACAAGCUAGCCUCUAAGAUGGACAGCAUGGGACCAGCACACUAAUGGAUGGACUGGACUGGAUGGGGAGGAGCCUGAGACUGACCCGGAGUGCUCAGAAGAGUGCCUGAUGGGCUAGGAUGGGCCUGCUGGGCAGGAGAUGAGGAAAACCAAGCAAUGUAUGAAAUCUAGAGAGCGAGGCUUAUUCUCCACAUGCAAGGACACAAUACAGCGCUGGGCUUCUGCCCAUUAAGAAGGCACAGUGCGGACAUUAGCCUACAGUAUAAUGUAGAUAACAAUAUGCAGAAAGCAAGAGAACAGAGGAUGCAAAUUUGCUCUCACUCCCUCCUCCAGACUUACUUGUGUGGGACACAACAACUAUUUGAAAAUGGUAGCCAUUCAGAGAGCCAAGGCACUAGUCAGUUGUGUUCAAACAGACUGUUCAUGUGAUCUGCUGCUGUGCUAUUGCUACCAGGAUUAGCUUGUGGUGUUUGCCUUUUUCAAUAGCCACUUCCCUCCAGGCUCUAUCAGAACCCAUUGCUUGUUACUAAGGGUAGUAUCACAAAUAGGUUUGUUCACACAAUCAUCUGAAUCUAGGUUUAAUGUGAAUUACCAACAUUAAAGUGAUUGUGUGAAACUACAGCAAGAUGGUUUAUAGCCCAAGAUUCCACCUUGGCCUGAGUUCAAACGAUCACUUCUGUGCUGGUAACCCACAUUAAACCUGGAUUCAAAUGACUGUGUGAAUAAGCCUUAUGUGUACCCGCCAUACUGUCAUGAAUUGUAACACUCCUGAAUGGUCCAAGGUUAUUUCUCCUCCGUCACUUGUCCUUUUUUCACAGCUUUCUCCUCCUGUUUGACCUUAUAUCAGGAGUGGAGCCACCACUGAGUGAACGAGUGUGGGCUGCUGCCAAUCAGGGGCUGCUCCUGAUGCCCCAGUCACACCCCCGGCAUCUGACGUGAGACACAGAGGGUGUAGCUUUGCUUGCAAACGGGGCCAUGUGGCCCCAUUUGCGAGCUAAACCAGUGCUGCGCUCACAGCACGGCCGUGAGUGAUUCUCCCUGCCUUUUAGGCGGGGAGAGCCACUCCGGCCAUGCUGUGAACAUGGCGCUGGCCGAGGAUUUUGCCUGAAAAGAGGGCCAUGAGGUCCCAUUUGCAAGCAAAGCUACAACCCCUGCAUCUGUCAGGUGCAGGGGGCAUGGCUUAUCAUCUGCCAGCUAGGGGUAGGGGUGGCGGGGUGGACCCGGGCUGCCAAUGGCCUCCCUCCGCCCUGCCUUCUAUGCAGGUCAGUGUCCAUGCUGACCUUGACUGAGCUGUUUUGAGGGAGAGAGAGAGAAGUAUUAUUGACACAAAAGCAGCAUUACACUAGAACAUCCAAAGGGUAUGGAUGAGGUUUAUUCCACCAGGCAGAGGGUUUGUUUCACUAGGCAGAAGUGUGGACCAAGCUCACCCAUAGAGGCAGGCACAUAGUGUUCUCAUAAAAUGUAGGAUCUGCAAAGCUUCCCCACAAACUCCAACUGCCAUUGUGAAGGAAUGCCUCCUUCCCAUUAUGUUUUGUGGUUGGUUUUCUUUAUUUUUUCCCCUGUUCCCUCCAGGCUCUGCAGGGGUUAAAAGGUAGCCACCUCUAACAGCCACGUCUGAGGUAAAAGUUGUCUGCGGCAGAGUUUUGGAGGGAAUAUUACAAUAUUUUACGAUUGGCUGUCUCCCGGCAGAGACAGAAAGUUCUGGCACCUGAGGAAAGAAACUUCCUGAUUGGUUAAUAUCGUCCAUUGGAAUUGGAUAAAAGGGAAGGUUGAACAGUAGGAAGAGGGCUGUGGGAGAAGAGUUUUGAAAGAGAGAGAGUGCUGUUCUGUGAGCUGGAACACGGGCAGGGCAGAAUUGAAUCUGCUAGGGAAGGUGGCAGUGAGGGAGCUGGUCCUAGUAGAAUCUGCUAGGCCUUGGGAGAGAAGGCUGGCAAGGUAUUUUGAACUCUGUAUUCAAUUGUAUUUUGAACUCUGUACUCUUGCCAACUGAUCUUCACAUCAUUUGUUCCAGUACUGUGUUUUGAAAUUUUGCAAUCUUUUAUUCUAGUAAAUGUGUUCUUGUUUUUAUACUA